UUUGUUUCGAUAAAAAAAUAUUUUUAAAACAUCAUAAUGUCAUCAUUAUUAUCAUCAUUAUCGUCAUCAUCAAAAAUGAUGAUGAUGAUUAUAUUACAAAUGAUUCUAGUUUCAAAUGAUCUCAUCAUUGUUAUGGCUAUGAUGAAUACAACAACAACAACGACAGCAAUAACAUCGACAACAGCAAACGAAUUGGAUAAUCAUAGCAAUAAUAACGGUCAUGAAAUUAUUAUUGUUAAUGAUGAUGAUAAUAAUAUAACAUCGAUAACGAAUCGUUCAAAUACAUUUUAUUCAUUGGAUGAUCUAUCCGAAAGAUCAUCAUCAAAUGAUAAUGAUAAUAAUCUUACCAUUAUCGAUAAUAAUGAUGAUGAUACUGCUGUUGAUGAUUUCUGGGAUGCCCCAAGUACACAUCCCCACAUACCAUCAUCAUCAACAUCAACAACAACAACAACAACCGGCCCAAAUAAUAACCAUAAUUUCUCAAAUAGUCCAUCAACAACAUCAAUCACAGCAGCAAGUACAAUGUCGUCAACACGUUCAACAACACCAUUUUUACCACCAAUGCCAUCUAUAUUAACAUGGUCAUCAUCACCAUCAUCAUCAUCAUCAACAACAGCAUCAGCAUCAACAUUAUCAUCAUCAACAUUACCACCACCAUUUACAAACAUACAACGUAUAUCACCAUUUACUAGCAAACCAUUCAGUUCCGGUAAUGAAUCAACAAAUCGACAAAAUUCAAAUGAAAAUAAUAAUAAUAAUAAUGAUCCACCAUCAUUCAAUCAAUUAAUAUCAAAAAUAUGGAAAAUUAUUUUACAUGGAACAAAUAUGAAUUCUGAAGAAUUAAGAAUGUGUAAUCGUACAUUGAUUGAACAACAUUUUAAACCAUCAAGUCGUCGUAAAGUUGCUCGAAAUAUGAAAAAAGAUUUGGAAAAAAUUUUUAAUAAAUGGAAUUAUCGUUUUAGUAUAAUUGUUAGUUCAACAUCCAGAAAUACUAUGGGCAAAUCGUUACACGGUGUUUGGAUGUCUAUAUCGAUUAAUGGUGUACAUUAUUUUAUAACGGCAACACAUAAAAUUAUUGAUGGACCAAAAAUUAAGGAAGAACAAAUGGAAAAAAUUGAAUAUUGGGCACAUGUACAUGCUUUAGCUGUACGUAAUAUGACCGGUUUUCGUCGCUAUAAUCGUAUUGCACAGAAAUUAAAAUUUGAUUUAGAUCGAUUUUUGGGUCAUGGUAAUUCAUGGUCGGUGAUUAUUGUUAAAAAUCCAUUAUUGGUAAAAGCAAAAAUAUUUGAAGAUCCAGAAUAUCAUAUAGAAUUUUCACGUUUAAAUGGUGGUCAUUUUAUUAUAUUUCGUGGUGGACAAACAAUCGAUGUUGAUGGUCGUCGUAAUGGUCGUAUUGAUGAUGAUCAAACAAAUCAUUUUGUCGAUGAACCAGAAUCUGAUGAUCAUACAUUAGAAACAGAAACUGAACAUGAAGAUUAUCGUAAUAAUAUCUAUCUUAUGAUGACAUAAUCAUUGUAUGAUCUGCUAUUUUCUCAACAGGAAAAAAACAAACAAAAAUUUUGUAACAUAUCUUUUUUCAAGGCAAUAUUUUUAAUGUCUAAAUAUAUCAUUACAUAAACAUUUUUAACAUGAUUUUCUUUUGAAAUUUUUUUUUCUUCAAAUAUUUUAGGAUUCGAGAGA